AUGUUCCGCUUCAGUAAAACCCUCGACCCAAUCACCCUCUUCCACUCUCCCUCCCUCGCCCCCUCCACCCGCGUCCUCAACAUCCUCAAACAAGCGUCCAUCGCCGCCUCGGAAACCGCCACUGAAGACCAAGCCUCCGACCACACCGCGCACGCCAAGCAACAGCGCGGCGAGUUCGAGCUCGAAGUGACCACCGCCCCGCCAACCACGGACCAAUUGCGCAGUAUCCUGGACUAUAUCAGUCCUGUGAGUGGCGGAGCCGGCGCGGCGCCGGAGGGCAAGGCGAGCUAUGGAGUUGGAGAGUUGAUCAAGGGAGCGAGGGAUGCCGAGGACGCAAUCAAGCGGUACAAGGAGGAUCAGGAGAGAUUUGUGAGGCCGGUGACCGUCGACUGGGUGAAUGGCCGCGCCGUGAUUGGUGACAAUGAGUCGGAGAUUCUGCGCAUGGUUCGUCAGCUUCCUGAGAACUAG